CCACCCUUCCCUUGUUUUCUUCGCUGAACUUGCGCCACCCUUCCCUUGUUUUCUUCGCUGAACUUGCGUCCAAACCACGGUCAGUUCUUUUGUCUCAGCCGGUGUUUCAUGGAUUAUCUUGCUUGGGGCGACCGUCUGACCACAGUCAAUGGUGAAAUAGGUGGCCUUUCUCGCUCAUGGUUAUUUCAAAGCCAGAUUUCAAGAUCAUUUCUAUUCAUCAACCUUUUGCAUGCCCCGGGCCGGCAUGUCUUUCUGCUUCAGGACAGUUUUGAUCAUUUCUAACGGAGGAAGAACCGCCUCGUACAAUGCAAGGUCUUAUACAAACUGGACGCUAUUGAAGGAAAAGGACUUGAGACAGGUGUGAGCAAAUUGGAAAAGGACACUAAAAAGCUUGAAGAACCCAAGCAAGAAUUGGUCUGAUAAGUUGCUUUCCUAUGCCUUUUCUUGUGUCGCGUGGGACGGGCUUGGCUGGCCUUGGUUUUGGCUUCACCUUCUCCAAGCACGACAUAUUUUUCUGACACAGUGUGCAUGGGCAUGACACACAGUUUGACUUGGCUGGUUUGGCGUGGGUUUGGAUGGGGUUUUUAAGCAAGCUGGAGGGGCGAAGAUGGUGAAGGGCACCGCUUGCUUCUUUCGGUCGGGCAAAGUUUUGCAGCGCACGGCAAUUGGAAUUCAAGCAAAGUGGGCCCCAACAGGGCAAGGGAGGAGUCAGCUUGUACUCCAGGUGAGCAGGGUUGCCACGGUCUGCGCACAUGUUGGUGAACCCUGGCCCAGUCAUCCCCCGAAAUAUUUUUGAUGGCCUGUUUUGCCUGCCGUACUUGUCGUGGUGGUGUUUCUUGGAAGUGCAGUCUUGCUGCUGGUGUUGUGGUGGCACACCACGAUAGUGAUAGCUUCCAGUGUCACUACUGUUUUUCUCAUUGCGAUGGUGUGCCCACAGCGGACGGUUUCGGGGUGUACGGGUCUGCGAGCGGAAAAAGACCAGGAGAAACCGCAUUUUUUGAACAAUCAGUAUAUUCUGGUCUAUCACUGGCCAUCCCAUCCACCCCAUCCCCAAAGACCAUCAUGAAGCCAACGUUCCGAAGCUUCCUUGCUCGCUCGCAGUCGCUUGAUGGCGCGCGGACUGCUACAGGUUCGGAGUGCCUUGGAGAUGUUUCAGGACAGCCCUGGCUGCUCCUCCCAGAACGUGUUCUUCUACAUGUGCUUUUUUGCGAACAACCAGUACAGGAUGAUCGUAGAGAAUUCCAGCAACGGCAGCGACAACCUGGAAGACGUUUUUGAGAGCAAUUUGAAGCGCAUCGGGCGCAUGGUCGCUAUUUUGGAUACAUGGGAUCAACCUGUGUAUCUGAGUCGUGUAUGGACGGUCUACGAGCAGUUUGUUGCCUCCACCCUUCAGAUUGAGGUGCAAUUUGUUCUGCCCAAGGACGCCACGGACCAUUUGCAGCGUCAGAUCGCAUGCGGUUCCAAAGGCAUUGAUGAGGUGAUCAAAUCCCUUUCUCAGGUGAAUUCAGAAAAAGCAGAGGCAUGGAUGAAGGCGGACGAGAACAAAGUGAAGUCCUUGAUCCAGGAGCUCCACUCGGUCUUCCGCACAGUCCGGACAUGUGCGGAGAGUCAUUGGAAAGCGUAUUCGGAACUGCCAAGAUUGACCCAGACUUCGGGUGUACACAGACCGCUUCCCGCGCGCGCAUGGCGUUCUUGUCAGAUACCUGGAACCUGUCCACAAGUUCCAACUUAUGCUCAAGAUCUGAGCGAAAUUCACCUAUAUAUAUAGACCUUAGAUAUGGAUGAUAUGGUCAAUUGUCCGUCAAUUUACGUCUUCAAGAAACAGCCCGACACGUUGCUCC